AGGAAUAAGAGCGGUUCCUGUUUUUAUUAUCCAUGACGCAUGUGAUAAAAUCGUCAGAAGUGAUGAACAGUAAUGUCGAAUAGUGUCUUCUCGAAUUGAAUUUCAAUUUAAAAUAUUUGGAAGAUUAAAGAAGUGUAUUACCGAAUAUCAAGAAGGUUUAUUUACUUCUUAUACAUAAGGAAUAACGGAUUGCACAUCAAAAUCAUUAUGUCGCCCGCUGUACCUACAAAUGUGAAGCCUAGUUUACCAAAAGAUUGGAUAGUAGUCACCUCUAAAACACAUCCAAACAGAGUUUACUACUUUAAUGUUCGUACAAACAAGUCAUCGUGGGAGUCACCAUUACCCUACAAAGCAAACAAGGCAUUACAGUCAAAAAAAAGAAAAACUGAACAGGGUGAUGAGGAUGGUCUACUUAGGCCAACUACACCAGAAAAUGAUGUUGAAUCUAAGACAAAGCCUCAUGAACGAAAGAAACUCCGGGCUAAAAGGACAGUUGCUCCUACGGAACCAAUGGAUACACCUCAGAUGCGUGAAAUUAGAGAAAAGCUACUUCAAAAGCAGGCAAAAGCUGCGAAUGCAAACAAGAAGUCUGUACCCAUUGUAAAAAAAACUGAUAAAGUUGCUCCAAAACCAGGUACAGCAAAAUCAAAAUCACAAACAAAAUCCAAAAAAGAUACGGUUUCGGUUUACAAUGAAGAAAUGCUUGCUGUUUAUGAAAAAAUGCAACAGAGACAGUCUAAAAGUUCUGCUUCAAAGAAAUCGAAUUCGUCCAAAUCUUCAGAUAAGCAAAGUCAAUCAACUAAACAAUCUUUGUUGACUGGGGUCAGCAGUACAGGAAGUACUACAAGUAGUAAUACAAAUAGUACAAGUACUACUAAUACUAAUUCAACGAGCGUACAGAAUGCAUCUAUUCCAAAAAAGGUUAAUACUUCAUCAGCCACUGUCUAUUCUACUAAAAGUGGAAAUACUGCUAGAAAUGGUAGUGGUACUAGUGGUACAUCACUGUCGAAUACAGUUCUUUCAAACGUUAAAAAUAAUGCAGAACCUGAAGGACGUUCGUUACGCACGAGAAAGAAUAUAUCUACUGUCUCUGAUUCUACAGACCAAAGUAUAGGUACGCUUUCUAACACCUCUAAUAAUGUAACAAAAACUCAAAAAAUAAAAAAAAACAUAGCAAAAGAUCGUCUUGACAUAUUGAAUGCUUCUUUGCAAAUGGAACAACAGAAACAAAAAUUGGCAAUGAGUAUGAAAUCAGCAAAAGAAAAAUCAGAUAAUAUUAUAUCUAUUUUAGAUUCACCACCAAGUAUUUACAAGAAUGCAGUGUUACGCCAUAAAUCCCUGCGAUCUAAAGUAUUAAGAUCCUCAAAAAUUAAACAAGACUUCAUUGAAAAAGAAAAAUCGGUGGAAGCGAAUGAUAGUUAUAAUAAACCAGUGACAGGGAUAGGUGCUUUGUUAAGGGAAUGUCAUGAAGAGCAAUCGUUUUAUGAAGAAAUGGAAUGGUCACCAAUUGAAGAUGAAAAAAUAAUGUCAGAGGUACAAAAUGUUCGAGUGCAACUGGGAACUCAGGCUUGGGAUGAAAUUACAAUUAAUACACCAAAAAAUGAUUUGGAAUUUCCAAUGACUCGAGAUGCGAAUAAUAAAGACUUGUAUAUCAUUAUCGACACAAAUGUAUUCCUCUCGAAUAUACAGGCAGUAGAACAAGCCAGAGAUGCUGUCUUUAAGAGCUAUGGCAGACCGAUUAUUGUAGUACCAUGGACAGUUCUUCGAGAAUUGGACUACAUAAAAGAUAACAACUCGGAAUCUUUGCAAGCGAAAGCUCGACGAGCUAUUAGAUUCCUUUACCAACACUUUUCAGACAAACAUCCUCGUGUUAAAGGUCAAACAGCCUCAGAUUUUGAAAGAAAUAAAGCACAGUUUGCUUUUGAUUGUCCAGAUGAUGAAAUCUUACAGACAUGCCUUCAGGUUGCACAAUCAGGGCAUACUGUGGUUUUACUUUCUUAUGACAUAAAUCUUUGCAAUAAAGCAAUGAUCCAUGACAUCCUCACCCUUGGACGUAAUGAUCCUCUGGAAAAGAUAGAUUUUUUAAAUGCUAUUGAAAGUAUAAAUGAGACUCGGACGUUACAAUACGACUUAAAUGAUAAUGGUGAAUAUUAUUCCGAACCCGUUUCAAAUUUCGAUAGAGAAAAAGAAAUGUCCGAUGAAAUUCUUGAGGAGGCCAAAGCUAUACUGAAAAAAUUUCUUUCAAUUAUCGUCGCAAAGGAAAUGCAGAAUUUAUACGGUGAUCCUUGGGAAAAACAUACAAUCAUUCAUCCACCUUGGUCUCCAAUUGAUGUACUAAAAUGCGCCGUGAAACAUUGGAUGGCUGCAGUCAGUGAAUCCUUUAUCAGGAGAGCGGAAAAUAUACUCAAAGAACUGUUAGAGAAUUUCAAGCAACCUCCAGAUCAAGGUAGAAAACUGCGCGAUGUCAGUCACAUCCUGGAACGUUGCAGUGACUUGGUGCAAUGUGCCAAGCAAGACAAGUAUCCUCAGCUAGUACAAACUACUAUGGCAAAUAUCAUGAAAUUGAAGAAAACUUGUCAGGAAUUUAUCAGACAAAUAAAUGAGGAACAGUUCCGAACAGAAUUCGGCCCGGAAAUUGAAGCGGAGGAACAGGAACGCCGUGCAGAAAUUGUUUUUAAAUAUUUCCAUGAUAUUUAUUCCUAUGCUUGUAAUAGAUGUGGUUUAGCUGCGAAGUUGAAACGUAUACCAUGUGAUAUUGCAUAUGAAACUCCGGAUCCCAUGCCUUCUGCUGAACACAUAAAAGAGAUUCAACCGGAGUUAGCAGCUAAUGUAAACAGAUUAAGGACUGCUCUGAGCUCCGCCCUGCAACAGGUGAACGCUUUGCAUAUAAAACAUGGAGCGCUGAUCCUGUUACGCGAGGCAUUGGUAAACUUUUUACCAGAAUCCGACCAGAGUUACUCAGAUAUCUCACUUCUAGACCUGUACUACUGUCUCAAGAGGAAGGAAUCAUCCUUGAAAAUAGGUUUGGCACAGCUGCAUAAUCUAAGUAUACACUUUUGUCGUAUAGCUAGUGCAAGUAGUGGUUAGAACAAACUAAUGCUUUCAAUAAUUGGUGAUACUGUGAAAAAGUAUACUGGUAUGUAUAUCUUGUAUACUAAUAUUAGGUAUGUACAUAUAAAUUGCUAAAAUGUUAUUAAGUUAUUGCUGCGAUAGCAGU